UGUGUGUGUAACAGCUGUGGAGCAACAUCGGACCCCCUGCCCUUCAUUCAGAUGGUUCAUUACAUCUCCACUACAUCCCUCUGUAACCAGGCGGUGCGGAUGCUGGAGUGCAGAGAGAAGCCCACGCCGGACAUGUUCGGAGAGCUGCUCCGGAACGCCAGCAACAUGGGAGACCUGCGCAACUGCCCUAGUAACUGUGGCGAGGUGCUGCGUAUCCGGCGGGUGCUGAUGAACUCCCCGGAGAUCGUGAGCAUCGGGCUGGUGUGGGACUCGGACCACUCGGACCUGGCCGAGGACGUUAUCCACAGCCUGGGGACCUGCCUGCGCCUGGGCGACCUGUUCUACCGUGUGACGGAGGAGAGGGCUCGGCAGGCAGAGCUCUACCUGGUCGGCAUGGUGUGCUACUACGGCAAGCACUACUCCACCUUCUUCUUCCAGACGAAGAUACGCAAGUGGAUGUACUUCGACGACGCGCACGUCAAAGAGAUUGGCCCUAAGUGGAAGGACGUGGUGUCUCGCUGCAUCAAGGGCCACUACCAACCCCUGCUGCUGCUCUACGCUGACCCCCGAGGGACGCCGGUGGUAUCGCAGGACGGCUGCGGCGGCGGCGCUGCCUGUGGCUCCAACCCCCAGCUGGACCUCCAGCACUGCAGCAGGGCCGGCUACGACAGCGAGGACUCUGGUCGUGAACCGUCCAUCUCCAGCGACACACGGACCGACUCGUCCACGGACAGCUCCAGCCACCGGGUGUCCAGGACACGGCCCCUCCACCAAUCCACAGGCAGCCACCUCUCCAGCGAAUCACAGGCCACCGUGGUGUGUGGCCACGAGAGUGGAGCGUCCCCUCUGAGCAGUGACACCGCAGAGUCUGCAGUGGAAGGUCCGGCUCGCCCGCCAUCUCCUCCCUCGCAGGAGUACAAGGAGACGGCGGUGUUCCUCCUCUCCUCCCGGCGGCCCCUCACCUCAUCCUCCUCCUCCUCGCGCCCGCUCUCCUCCUCCUCUUCGUCGGGGGUCGGGGGCUGUGAGGGAGGGGCCGGCGGCCCUCACUGGGAGGAUGAGAGCACGAGCAGCGAGAGCAAGUCCAGCUCCUCCGGGGGGCGCUACAGGCCCGCGUGGAGGCCGAGGCGAGAGGCCCUGAACAUCGACAGCAUCUUCACCCGCCAGAGAGGCGGCGUCCCUCUGGGCUACAGCACCAUCCCCGGCCCAGCUCUCUCUGACCCCGCCCUCUCUGCCGGGCCUCCCCUCCCCCCACAGCCAGGCCUGCUGCUGGGGCACGAGUUGGCAGCGGCGGCGGCGGCGGCGGCCGGUGGCGGAGGAGGAGGAGGAGGAGGAGGAGGGAGGGACAUGGGAGAAGCCAGGGUGAGUCAUGGCCUGCCAGGAUUGUCCAGUGUUCUAGGCGGUAGUAGAGCCUCAGGCCCCCAGGGGCCCACAGCGCCCGCUCCCCUCAGAGGGGUGGAGCACCAGCCGCGGCUGAUCCAGAGGAUGGAGAGCGGCUACGAGAGCAGUGAGCGGAACAGCAGCAGCCCCGACAGGGACUCCGGGCAGCAGAAGAGAGUACUGAUGUCAGGACCGUCAUGGCGUUCUGUGCCCAAGUCCAAAAGCAGUGCCGCCAUCCUGCAGGAAGUACCCAACUGGAACACUGCCACCAACGCAGGCCCUGGCCGCAGCGAGCUGGACGAGCUGCAGGAGGAGGUGGCCCGCAGGGCCCGCAUGCAGGAGCAGCAGCGCCGCCGCCAGGCCGAGAAGGAGGCCGCCCUGGGCUUCAACCCCAAACCCAGCAAGUUCAUGGACCUGGACCAACUCCAGCACCAGGCUGUGCUCAGACCCCUGCAUGAGGCUAACGCUCAUAGCGGAUUGGCUGUAGCCGCGUGCAUGAGGAGCACUGGGGGCCCAAUCAAACGCAGGCAGGAACAGGAAACGGAUCGGGAGACAGGAAGCGCGCUCCGACAGGGGCCCCGCAGUGAACAGCCUGGCCCGCACCAAAUACUGCUGACGCCCAAUCAGGAGGAGGAGGAAGAGGAGCGGACAAUGGCCCGACGGGACGCCGCCCUGAGCCACGACUCGUCACCCCCCCCCUGCAGGCCCCCCCUCCCCCGGCCCCAGCUCACCCUCAGCAUCCCUCACCCGUGCCUCCCCACCGGCCCCGUGCAGCAGGGGGAGGGGGAGGGGGAGGGGGGCGGGGCCAUGGGGGUGAGGCUCUGCGAGGCGCUGCAGGCGGGGGGCGUGCGGGUGAGACCGCUGAGGAAGCACCUGGCCAUCUCCCUGCCCUCGCUGCCCCUGCGGCUCUGGGACAUGCGCCCCCCGCCGCCGCCGCCGCCGCCGCCACCGCCGCCACCGGCCGACGCGGGCUCGCCCCCCUGGGAGGGGAGGCCCGCGGGACCCUCGCCGACGGGACCCCCUCCGCCGCCCCCUCCGCCGCCCCCUCCGCCGCCCCCGCCCACCACCAGGAGCACCCUGGCCCCGCUGUGGCAGCCCCCCGGCCCUCCCCCCCCCGCCCACGUCCCCCGCCACUGGCCGGGACCCGCCCCCAACGCCAAUAGCGCGGGCGCCAGCGCCACGCACCAUUGGUCCUCCUGGAGCCUGGACCGCCCUGACGCGGUGGUGACGCCGUACAGCACGCCGCCCGACCGCUGCGUCCCCAUCGAGCCGCCGGCCUGCAGCAGCAGCGGCCGCAACUACAGCUACAGCUGCCAGUCGUCCCCUGGACACUACAGCUCCCAGCAUGCCCCUGGCCCCUGGCACAACAACCAACACAACUAUAAUUACAACAGCAGCCCAGCUGACCACGACGAGGCGGAGCUGUCGGAACUCGACUACCUCUACCAGUCCAGCCUGCAGGCCGGCAGAGCAGGCUGCAGCCCGUCAGAACGGCUCAUAUCCAGGAGGGGGGUGCAGGGACCUCGCUCCCAGACCCCCAACGCAGACAUGGAGAGGAGUGUGUACGGGGCAGACUGCAGUAGCACCCCCACCUACCUCACCAAGCAAAUGGUAUUGCAGGACCUGCGUUUGGGGGCGGAGCCCAGUGCCGGGGGAAAUCUGCAGCGAAUCGGACGCAGCCUGAGUGGCACAGUGGUCACCCCUCGCCGCAGCCGGCUGACUGCAACGCGCAGCUUCGAGCUGUCCAGCGAUGCAGGGAGCUUCUGGCUGUGUCUGACGGGGGUGAAGCUCUCCUCCGACCAGAGUCCUGCUCCGCUCCACUGAUGGCUCCUCUACCCCGGCCCCCCGCCCCCGCCCCCACCCC